CUGAUCUACGGCAACUAGACCUUGACCAACGUGUGUUGUGAUCGUGAGAGAUGCUGGGCCGGGUUUAAUUAAUUUUACGGUAGAGUUAAUACCGUGAGUACUGCUCGUAACAAUUUAUUACAAUCAUGUCUGCGGAAGGCCCCCCGCCAAGUAAGGUCAAGAAGGUUGACGUCUCUGCGGAUCCGGAGGAUGGAAGAGACUAUGAUGUUGAGACGCAGAUGGCUCUUGAAGAAAUUGACGGUUGCCAAAACGAAAUAGACGCGCUGAAUGAGAAGGCCAGCGAGGAGAUAUUGAAGGUAGAACAGAAGUACAAUAAACUAAGGAAGCCAUUCUUUGAGAAGAGAAGUAAUAUCAUCAAGAAAAUUCCCAACUUUUGGGUGACUGCCUUUGUCAAUCAUCCACAAGUCUCAGCUUUGCUGGAUGAGGAAGAGGAAGAAUGCCUCCACCACAUGACGCAACUUGAGGUGGAGGAAUUUGAUGACAUCAAAUCUGGCUACAGAAUCAAAUUCCAUUUCUCCAGCAAUCCAUACUUCUCAAACACUGUGCUUCAGAAGGAGUUUCAUUUGGGGUCAUCAGAUCCAAAGUCAGAGUCAACAAAAAUUGACUGGAAGGACAAAAUGAAUCUGGCGCAGAAUGCCAAGAGCCGAAUUGAGAAGUUCAAGCAAGGCCGAAAAAGGGGCCUGGAAACAAAGUCAUUCUUCCUGUGGUUUGAAGACCAUGAGGAUCCUUCCCAGGAUGACAUAGCUGAGGUUAUCAAAGAUGAUAUGUGGCCAAAUCCUCUUCAGUACUUCUUGGUCCCAGACAUUGAAGUUGAAAAUGGUGUGGAGGAGGAGGAAGACGAGGAUGUUGCAGAGAGUGUCGUAGUAGUAGAAGAAGAGGAUGAAAUCGAAGGAGAGGAUGAAGAAGGUGAAGACGAUGAAGAGGGUCUGGAGGAGGAAGAGGACGACGGUGACGAUGAGGACGCCGCUGGCGAGGACGAGUGAGCGGCGCGUCGCCGCUUCAGCGGUGCCCCCUGCGCCAAUCCCGUGCGCCGCCGCCCGUUGUCAGGUCGCCUGCGGGGGUGCUCGCGGCCCGGAGCUGGCCCCAGAGACGGGGGCCGACGCCAGCGCAGCUGAGGUGCGACCGGCGGCGGCGCGCGUGCGACGCCAGGACAUCUGUAUAUAGUCAGAUCUCGUCAUCUCCGGAGCGCGCAGCAGACUCUCGUGUUUCGGACCUUUCGGCGCUGCCGUUCGCGCGCGUGGUGGUUUUUUAUGUGCAUGUGCGUGUGUGUGGCGGGGUUCGCUGCUGCGCGGCCGUCGGUGGCGACAUUGUGUGUGCGCGUCUGUGUGCGCCGCUGUCGGUGCGAGGGUAUGACAGGAUACAUGCCCGACCGGCCUCCCACCGCCUGUCGAUCCAUUCCGGCCGUUAUUUAACUGUAAUACAUCACUGGAAAGAUA